AUGCGUCCGUCGGUGUUCGAGGGCCUGGAGGUGACCAUCGUGAUCUUCGUUUGCCUGGAGGUGACCAUCAAUGUUCUCGCGUGCUCAGAGAUGACUGUCGUCUUUGUCGUGUGCCUGGGAAUGAUCGUGCACAUGGUGGACCGCAGCCUGGGCCUCCCCGGCUCCCUGAUGAAGUUGGAGGUGACAGCCGUCGGCUUCGGGUGCGGGGAGGCGCCCUUCGUGAUGCUGGGCCUGGACGCGGUAAGGGGGGCCUCGGCGCGGGCGAGGGCCCGGUGGCGAUCCAGGGCCUGGAGGCGUUUGAGGGCGCUCGGGUGGCCAUCGUGUUUUCCGUGCUCCCGGAGGUGGCCGUCGUUCUUUAUCGCGAGCCCGGAGUUCGUCAGCUCCGAGUGCCUUGAGGUGGCCGUCGUGAUCUUCGCGAGCCUGGAGUUGACCGCCGUCUUUGUCGGACGCCUGGAGGCGCCCGCGCCGCAGGUCGGCGCCGUGGGCCUUCUGUCAUUGCGUCGUCAGGCCUCCAUCCUCAUUAUAGGAACGAGGACGAGAUGGCGUCCCGCUCGUCGAGGCGGUGUGUGA